AUGUCGAAGGAUGCGGAGGCAUGGGCGAAGUCAUGUGCGGUGUGCGUAACCAACGGAAGACCCGAAAGGCCUACUCCCAUGGCAAGAGUUUUCACCCCCGAUUCGGUGUGGGAGACGGUCGCCGUAGACUUAAACGGGCCCUAUUCGAAGUUCAAUAAUGUCUCAAUCCUGGUAAUAGUGGACUACCGGUCCAGAUAUCUGAUUGCUAAACCGGUUAGAUCCACAAAUUUUGAGCAUACAAGAUCCGUUUUGGAUAAAGUUUUCGACAGAAAAGGUUACCCGAAACACAUAAAAUCGGACAACGGUCCUCCUUUUAACGGGACGGAUAUAAAGAAUAUUGCCUUGAGCACGAUGUUCACGCCAUCUUCUCCACACCACUGUACCCACAACAAAACGGCCUGGCAGAGAGCUGCAUGA